UUGAGAAAGGCAGUCUAGGUUUUGGGGUUUUGACAAAAAGUCCAGUUUUGGGGGAUUCAUUUUGAUUUGGGUAAGAAAAGAGGGGCAUAAAAAGAAAAAAAAUUGGGGUUGGAGGUCUGCCCAUGGUGGCUCUGUGAUUCAAAUUCCCAUCAAUCAGCCUACCUUUUAUAUAGUAGGGUUUUUGAUAUGAAAAGGCGCAGGAUUGGUAGAAUUAAGUACUGGAGUCAUUGAUUUUUGUGGGUGGCCUUUUUGUAUCAAGAUCAAGAAGCAACGAAAAUAGGUGACAAAUUAUCAGAAGGUUAAUGGAGUGCAAUAAAGAUGAGGCCACCAGGGCAAAGGAGAUUGCUGAGAAGAAGUUCACUGCAAAGGAUAUUGCAGGAGCAAAGAAAUUUGCUAUGAAGGCCCAUAAUUUGUAUCCUGGGCUUGAGGGUAUUCCUCAGAUGUUAGCAACACUGGAUGUAUAUGUUUCUGCAGAGAACAAAAUAAAUGGGGAGGCAGAUUGGUAUGGGAUACUUGGUGUAAAUCCACAAGCUGAUGAUGAAACGGUGAGAAAACAAUAUAGGAAGUUGGCUCUCCAGCUUCAUCCCGAUAAGAAUAAGUCUGUAGGAGCGGAUGGGGCAUUUAAACUUAUUUCAGAGGCAUGGAGUUUGUUGUCUGAUAAGGCUAAGAGAGUAGCAUAUGAUAGUAAGAGGAAUGGAAAGGUUUUUCAAAAGGUUUCAACUACCAGUGGGAGUACAUCAGCACCACCCGGGGCAAAUGGUUUUUGCAAUUUUACAAAACCUAGUAGAAAGGCCCAAAAGAGUACCCCUCGGACAGGUCAUUCUUCAACUCCUGCUUCAUCUCAUAAGUCCAAACCUAAUACCUUCUGGACCGUGUGCCAUCGAUGCAAGAUGCAGUAUGAGUAUCUCAGAGUUUAUCUCAAUCAUAAUCUCUUAUGCCCUAAUUGCCAUGAGCCAUUUUUGGCGGUAGAAACAGCUCCACCUCCUUCAAACAGUUCUAAAACCCCGUGGAACUUUACACAGCAGCGGCAGAGCUCAAAUCAUCAGGCAGGUAGUAAAAAUUCUGUUAAUACAGCAAGGAAUAGUGCUGCAUCCCCAAAUGUGGGAGUAGGGGGAUUUAACAGUCCCGAUUCUCAUAACCAAACAAACUUCCAGUGGGGUCCAUUCUCGGGGACAGGUGGUGCUUCAACUGCUGCUCAGGCUGCUAGUGUGGUUCAACAGGCAUAUGAGAAAGUGAGGAGAGAACGUGGAGAGGCACAGGCAUCCACAAAAAGGGAGGAGGCCCUGCGGAGAAAGCAAAAUGCCUCUAAAAGGACUAGCAGUGCUCAUCCUGGGCAAUCCACUUCUGCAAAGAGAAAAAAAAGCAUGGAUGACCUUGGUGCUGGCAACAAUGGGAGUAAUGUUGCUAAUCAAAUGGGUAUGGGAAAUGGAGGAGCUGAUGCAGCUAAUUUAUCUGGAUCUAAACAGUGUAUUUUUCAAACAGUUAGGGUUAAUGGAAUUACUAGGCCCAACAAUAUAAAGGAAGUAUCCCAGCUUGAUAUUCAAAAUUUGUUGAUGGAGAAGGCUAAGACAGAAAUUCGCAAAAAGUUAAAUGAAUGGAAAUCUGGUACAGCCACUAAAAUUGCAUUGAAAGAUGAGGGCAAUGGAACUGAGAAAGGAGAAAAACCUUUGGUAAACAAUGAAACAAAUGACCGAAACAAGUCUCGUGAAUCAAUUGAUGAAAAAAAUGGAAUUCUUAGAAGAUCUUUUGCCAAUGCAAAUGCAGAAACCGUGGAAACAUUGUCCAUAAAUGUCCCAGAUCCAGAUUUCCAUGAUUUUGACAAGGACCGAACAGAAAGGUCAUUUGGAGAUAACCAGGUAUGGGCUGCUUAUGACGGUGACGAUGGGAUGCCGAGAUACUAUGCUAUGAUUCACAGUGUGAUUUCUAUGAAUCCGUUUAGGAUGCGGAUCAGUUGGCUUAAUUCAAGAACUAACAGUGAGCUGGGCCCACUAAACUGGGUGGCUUCUGGUUUCUCCAAAACAUGUGGAGAUUUCAGAGUGGGCAGAUAUGAGAUCAGUAACUCACUCAAUUCCUUUUCGCAUAAGGUCAAGUGGUCAAAAGGUCCGCGUGGGGCCAUUCGUAUAUUUCCCAGGAAGGGGGAUGUCUGGGCUCUCUACAGAAACUGGUCCCCGGACUGGAAUGAGCUGACAGCCGAUGAAGUUAUACACAAGUAUGACAUGGUGGAAGUACUUGAAGACUAUGAUGAAGAGCUUGGUGUGACCGUUACUCCACUUGUAAAGGUUGCUGGUUUUAAGACUGUGUUUCAUCAGCAUCUGGACCCUAGAGAAGUCAGGAGGAUUCCAAGAGAAGAGAUGUUUCGGUUCUCUCAUCAUGUGCCUUCAUACUUGCUUACAGGUCAAGAGGCUCCAAAUGCUCCGAAGGGUUGCAGAGAGCUGGACCCAGCAGCCACACCAGUGGACCUUCUUCAGGUGAUAAUUGAUGUUAAGGAAGACGAGGUUUUGGAGAAGGAGGAAACAGUUAAGGAAGUAAAUACUGUGGAUUGUGCUGAUAAAGCUACAAAAGAAGAGACGGUAAAGGAUUUGGAAAAUGCUAGGGAAGUAGAGAAUGCUAAUUCCAAAGAUAACUUGGAAGUAGAAAUUAUAGAAGAUAGUGAAGAAACUGACAGAAGUGGGAGAUUGCAAGCUGUUGAACAGACGGUUAGUUGAGUUCUGGAUUAUUUGGUAUGAUGUGAAUAGAAUUCAUUGACUGGUUAUAUUGGAAACUGAAUUAUCAUUUUUGAGCAUCCACAACUGCUUAACAAUGUGCUGAAGUUUACAUGACAUCAUGCUGAUGAACUUGAAGAUAUUUUAGUGGUGAACUUCGUGGAAGAAUUUGAGCAGCUACAAGGCAGAAGCUAUCGACAAUGUAUUUCAUGCCAAAGGGAACUCCUUUCAAUUGUUUGGCAGGUGAGGGUUGUUUGUACCAAAGCAAGAGCUCCCAUAUGCUUCGAAGAACUUCUCUUUGUCGGGUGGAACUUGUGUUAAUACAUGGCUUGCUCACCAGUGAGCUCUAACUCUCUCUCUGUCAUGCUACGUUGCUUUUAUCUGUUCAAUUUUCUUUUUCUUAUAUUUGACUCUUACCAAAUUGCAUGCUUCUUCGUCCUUGUUUGUAGAGCUGUAAUGUUGCUAGUUCUGAUUAUAGAUCAAAUACUCUUAUAACAUUGUAGACCAUGAGUUCAUCUUAGUUUAUGAUCGAAUCAUAUGUCUAUGAAUUAGUAUAUUACGUUACUGUAAAAGUCCUGCAAGAAGCAAGAUAGUAAGGUAGCAUUGUUACCCAUGUUGUGAACUUUA